CGGUGACGUCGCUCACCGGUGGAACGCACCGGACUGACCGCGGCUCAUCCUCCCUCCACCGCGGCACCGCGGCACCACGGAGCCCGGCUCUCCUCCUCUCCUCUGCGGCCCGACGAGCCGCGGACAGGACCCGGUUCUCCCCCGUCCGGUACCGACCGGCGGAUCGGGAGCCCGCUGGACUCGGCGGAGGCGGCCGCGGGGACUGGAGAGCAUCCUCCCGGUUGGAGGAUACUGACGCACCGGCGUUUUUUUUUUAAUUUUUCCUCUUGAAUUUGAAUCACAAUGUCACCAUCAAGGAGACGCGGCUGAGGCGCCGGCUCCGCCGCGCGUAACGGUCCCUGGCGGGUUUUAGCGAAGUGGGAUCCGGUAUGAGCCGAACCGGACCUCACCGUCACUUCUGACCGGGGCUUGCGGGGGCGGGGGCGGGGGGCAGGCUGCUGCCGCCGGGGGUGACAUUUGGAUUAUCAUUGGAUGAGAACCGGUCACCGGGCCGGAUUCCGUGCGCAGGGACGCGCCGGUGUCAGUGGAGGAGGAGCAGCAGCAGCGGGGGAUCCGACCUGACGACCUCCUCCCCGGCGGGAGAGGAGCAUGUGAACAUGGGCUCGGUGGUCGCUCUCCUGUGGCUGCUGAGCGGCGUCCUGCAGGGCGCAGGCGGCCAGGGCGUGUACGCACCUCCUACAGUUCGGAUCGUGCACUCGGGCCAGGCCUGCAACGUGGAGGAGGAGCGCUACAGCGAGAGGGUUUACACCAUCAGAGAGGGAGAGACUCUGGAGCUUCAGUGUCUGGUGACAGGACACCCCCGACCUCAGAUCCGUUGGACGAAGACGGCGGGCGGAGCCUCGGACCGCCAGGGCGACUCGGCUCUGCUCAACGAGACUCUGAGGAUAGAAUCCAUCGACCGCCACCAGGGGGGGCGCUACUACUGCAAGGCUGACAAUGGACUGGCGUCGCCAGCCAUCCGCUCCAUACGGGUCGACGUCUACUACCUGGACGACCCGGUGAUAACGGUGCAUCAGAGCGUCGGCGAGGCGAAGGAGCACUUCUACUUCGAGAGGACGGUGUUUCUCCGCUGCGUCGCCAACUCCAACCCGCCGGUGCUGUACACCUGGAGGAGGGGGCGGAGCCUGCUGACGCAGGGCUCUGACUCCGGGGUGGAGAUCUACGAACCCUUCUUCACACAGGGUGAGACAAAGAUCCUGAAGUUGAAGAAUCUUCGUCCUCAGGACUACGCUGACUACACCUGCAUCUCCUCCAUCAGGAACGUCUGCGGCAUCGUAGACAAGAGCGCCCUCUUCAGUCUGAACAACAGGACGGCUCCUCCCUCCAUCAAGCUCCUCCUGGACGACCCCCUGGUGGUGAACCCGGGUGAGACCGUCACUCUGGUGUGCGUGGCGUCCGGCGGCGACCCGCCCCCUACCCUGGCGUGGGCGAGGGCGGGAGAGGAGGAACUGCCGAAGAGGAGCGUGAUCAACGGCGGCACGCUGACCGUCCCCGCCAUCACCAUUGACGACGGCGGCGCCUACAGCUGCGUGGCGUCCAACAACGUGGGAAACCCCGCCAAGAAAUCCACCACCAUAUUGGUCAGAGGCCUUCGUAAAGGUCGCUUCUGGAUCACGCCCGACCCGUACCACAACGACGACAACAUCCAGAUCGGCCGCGAGGUGAAGAUCAGUUGCCAGGUGGAGGCCACGCCCCCCGAGGAGCUGCAGUUCAGCUGGCUGAAGAACGGCCGGCCGCUGCGCAGCUCCGAGCGCAUGGUCAUCACGCACACCGACACCGACGUCUCCCCGGGCACCACCAACCUCGACAUCAUCGACCUCAAGUUCACCGACUUCGGCACCUACACCUGCGUGGCGUCGCUGAGGAACGGAGGAAUCCCCGAGGUCAGCAUCGACGUCAACAUCUCAUCCACCACAGUUCCUCCGGAGCUCACCGUCCCCAGGGGGCGCUCACACCUCAUCGCUCAGGAGGGCGACACGGUGGACCUGCAGUGUCUGGUCUCAGGGAAACCCAAACCCAUCAUCCUGUGGUCGCGGGCGGAGGAGAGCGGGGCGGCGGCUGCGGCGCCGGCGGCCUCCAUGCCGGAUGGCUUGGCUCAGACCGAGAGCUACGACGGCGUCCUGAGGAUCAGCAACGUGACGAGAGAGAUGAGCGGGACGUACCGCUGCCAGACGAGUCAGUACAACGGCUUCAACGUGAAGCCGAGGGAAGCUCUGAUCCAGCUGGUGGUGCAGUUUCCUCCCACCGUGGAACCGGUGUACACGGAGGUCCGCCAGGCUCUCGGCCGGGCGUUCAGCCUCACCUGCCGCCUGCUGCGAGCUCACCCGGCGCGCCUCCUGCGGUACGAGUGGAAGCUGGGCUCCCGCCUCCUCACCGUCGGAGAGUUCAGCGACCAGAAGGACGACACCAGCUACCUGGUGCGAGCUCUCAACCGAGAGGGCUACGGCGAGUACACCUGUGACAUCACCAACGACGCCGGAGCAGGGCGCUGCACCUUCCUGGUCACAGGGAAGGCCUACGCUCCGGAGUUCUACCACGACACCUUCAGCGCUCUGUGGCAGAACCGACCGCGGGUCUACGGCUUUAAGCUGCAGUGGACUCAGAUGGAGCCCGGCGCCGUGGACCGGAUCCUGGCCUACAGACUGGGCAUCAGACAGAUGGGUCAGUCUCGCUGGUGGGAGCAGGAGAUUCCCAUGGAGGGAAACAUCCAGAAGGGGGAGCUGUUGACCUACAACCUGACGGAGCUCGUCAAACCGGAGUCCUACCUGAUCCGCCUCACCCCAAUCACCCGCUAUGGAGAGGGAGACGCCACCGAACGUAUCAUCACAUACAGCGCUCCUGUGAACCCACAUCUCAGGGAGUUCCAGUGUGGUUUCGAGGACGAGGCCUUGUGUUUGUUCUCUCAGGACAAAUCCGACGAGUUCGACUGGACGCGUCACAGCGCCGCCACACGAGACACCAAAUACACCCCAAACACCGGACCGAGCUCCGACCACACCGGCUCCAAGCAGGGUUUCUACAUGUACAUCGAGACUUCCAGGCCGAGGCUGGAGGGAGAUAAAGCUCGGCUGAUAUCGCCCACCUUCAACAUGAACUCCAGAGGCUCCUCCCCCUCCUCUUCAUCCUCCUCCUCCUUCACCUACUGCUUCGCCUUCUUCUACCACAUGUACGGGAAACACACAGGAGCUCUGAACGUGUUCCUGCGUCAGAAAGGUCCGUCACCGAGCGACACCUCCGUCUGGACUCUGACCGGUAACCAAGGAGACCGCUGGAGGCAGGCCAAGGUCGACAUCCAUCCAACCACAGCCUUCCAGAUGGUGCUGGAGGGCGUCCGAGGUUCUGGUAUCGAGGGCGACAUUGCCAUCGAUGAUGUCACCAUCGAGGAGGGCGACUGUAAAGACCCGCCCCCCAACAAUCUGAGGUCACUUGCUCCGCCCACUUCGCCCCAUAUAUGGCAGCUGUGCAUCACUCUGAGUCUGGCUGUGAUUGGCCAGCGGAGGUGACCCCCUCCACCCCUCUCUACGUGACACCCCCCCCCCCCCCACAGAUCAGCUGUACUGUUCCGUGACUCGGACGGAGACAAACAACAGUCUCACUAUUUUUUCUCGGAGGAGGGAAGAAGAGGUAUUUUUAAAAAAGAAAACUUUUAUUUAGACACCAGUGUGUGUGUGUGUGUGUGUGUGCGUGUGUGUGUGUGUGGGCGCGGCGGAGCAGCGAGGACAGUUCACCCUCUGCCAUGACAUCAAGUGCCUUCAGACUCCGAGAGGAAGAGACCGCCGCCGCCGCCGGAGAGGACACAACAGAGUCAGACGUGGAUGUUUCUGGAAUAUGAAGACAUGAAUCAUAUCAGAUCAUAUCUCCUGGUCUGAAUGUGCAGAGAAUCAAUUUCUUACUGUUUUUUUCUUUUUCUUUAGUUUUUUGGGAAGUUAAAAAUAUUUACGAUGACGAGAAGAUUCUGGCGCGAAGACGACGACGCAGCGACAAAGAAGCCACGAGGAAGAAACGGACUGAUGACAGACAGGAAGUGACUGGAUCUUUCAGAAUAAAAGGACUUCCUGUUGGACGAUUUUUAGCCCUGAGCAUUUGGUCUCAGAAACUAUUUUAAAAAUAAGAGUUUUCAGAAGACGACGCAGACAUUUGUCUGACGCAGCCUGAGAACAUCAGGUCCCUUAAAUAAAAUUAAAAAAACAAAGAAAGAAUAUUGCAAAUAUUCUGUAAGAUCAAAUCUUAUAUUGUUCCUAUGAUAUCAUUAAGACAGAGGGAGGAUCUUCUGUUGGUUUUAAUGAUCGUUAGUUCUGGGUUCUGCUUUUUACUUUUUUUUUCUUCUUCUAAGGAUUAUGGAAAAACAACAAUGAAGGAAUUCUUGGAGUAAUAUCCAUUCAUAACCACAGUCAGGAUCAUAUAAAACAAAGCACAACGACGACGUUAGUUCAACUGCAUCUCGACUCAAAUAUAUAUAUUAAAAAAUCGAUUUCUGUCAACGAGAGAAAAAAAACACUCGUAAAUCUGUGAGUCGGGAAGUCGUGAAUCUAAAAGCCAUAAAUUUGAGCUACAUGACAAAUAAAUGUUGACUUGAAAUGAUCAUUUUGAUCAUUUUAACUUCACAUUUCAAAUUUGUGACAUGAAUCAUAAUAUUUAUUAUUAUUUUUUACAUCUUACUUUUUUCUAUAAUUCACUUUGAAAAGUCCUCAUUUUGAAGUAUGACUGAAAAUUAUCACUUUAAUUUCAAAGGUUAGAAAAUGUAAACUUUCAUAUUUUAAGUCACAUUUGUGACACGAAACCUCGUAAUAUUCAUUAUUAAUAUUAUUUUUCCUAUCGUAAAAUUUUACAUUAUUUAUUUUGGUUGUUAUUUGGUGUUAUUUUCUUUUGUUUGACUGAAAAUUAUAAUAUUGAUUUAAAAAGUCAGAAUUUUGACUUCAUCAAUACGUCAAGUUAUAAUAAUUCAGAUUUGUCAGUUUCUCAUCAAAUCAUGUAACAGAGUCGCCAUGAGGAUUUGACUGUAAACGUUUUGACACUUUCCUGGCAGCAGGGGGCGUCGGUACUGUACGUCAGCUGUUCAUAAUUAUUGCAAGUGAGGACUCACAUGUGACUUGUCGAGCUCGCAGCCGAAGGUUUUUAUGGUUCUGUCUUUUAAGAAAAGAAAAACAUGAAUUUUAUUGAAGAAACAUGAUUUUUUACUCCGCCGUGUUUGAGUUAUUGAUAAUCAGACGUUAUAGGAUCAUCAGACGAACGUUCCCUCAGAUAAACAUCUUUUCCUUUUCAACAUUUUGUUGAUUUCUGUUUCUCCCUGUGGCCACACAGCUGAUAAUCAUAUUUUUUAUUAAAGCUCCUGUGGAAUCACAUCCUCCUCAA